GUGGAAAGGAGACUACGGAGGUAAACGACAGCUUUGGUUCCCUGCCAACUAUGUGGAGGAGAUAAUGAGCCCAAGUACUGCAGAACCAGAGAGAUUGCCCCUUAAUGAAAACAGCCCUCUCGGGGAUUUACUGGGAGGAUCUCUGGAUGUGCCUUCCUGUCAGAUUGCCAUUCAUCCAGAUGGAAAAGGCAGUCGUCCAUAUGUUUUUAAAAUAAACGUGAGCUCAUUCAACCGUGCCGGUCAGACAAUGGACCUGGCAGCAGAAACACAGGAAGAUAUGAACGAUUGGGUGGCCAAGAUCCGGGAAGCAGCACAAACUGCAGACGCCAGG